AGUUCAAGAUUUGGCGAAUGUUUUUGCCAUGCUCCAAUUAUUCUGUUGCACAUCGCGCGAUGCAAGGCCUACAGAAACUGAUUUUGACAAGGAAAUUUUGACUGGUUUUGCCCGUGUGGCUAAAGAUGGUUUGCUCCAGUCCCACCCGUCCACCAUGGCGCGACGAAAACUGGAAGGACACUUGGGGUUGUAUUUGCAUUUCUCUCCUGAACAUUUCCGGGCGAAACGAAAAGCAAAGUGGUCAAAACACGAAGUGAAGGUGGUGAGACCAUCUGACCCCGAAGCUUUCAAUUUCACAAAGGUCAAAGAAGGAGAAGUGAUUAGCACGUUGGACGUGGCCGGAAGAUCAAUUUCAGCACUCGCCUGUGCAUCUCCAUUUUUGGUGGGUCACACGCUGUUUGUUCCAGAUUUGCCGCAAUGUUUGCCACAGUGUUUGACAACAGAAUUGGUGCUUUGUGGGCUACAGUUGAUUGGACAAUCAGCUCGACCAGAUUUCCGUGUGAUGUUCAAUUCCUUGCUCGCCCAUGCGUCAGUGAACCAUUUUCAUUUUCACGGCCUCUUCUUGGAUUAUGCUGGUUUGAAACGUCUUCCAGUUGAAGCAGUCCCAAGAUCACGCGUCGGUGGUGAUUGUUCCGAGGGCAACGUGUGUGCGGAGAUCCUAGUGGAAAAAGAAUGGUACAGCAGAGCUUUAAUUUUGACCGCUGGAUCUGCUCCAGGAUCUUCGGUGACGGAUUUGGAAAGUUUGUCGAUCUUUGCUGGCAAAGUGAUCCAGGAAUUGCAGGAAAAGGACAUUCCGCACAAUGUGAUGCUGACCCCAUCGGGGGAAUGGAAACCACGACGAGCCUCAGACCGUGACCCCUUUGAGGCUGAAGAAACGCGGCCUAUCGUGGCAUCACCGGAGAUUUACAUUUUUCCAAGGCAAUCAGAGCACAAAUGCCGAGAUGAAUCAGGUGUCAACACAGCUAUUUGUGAAAUUUCAGGUUUACUCUUCGCACAUGAUGAGAAAGACUUUAAGACCUUGGACGAAACACAAAUUUCUGAGAUUUUUAAUCAAGAUGUGUCACUCCCAGAGUCCGACUUUGACAAUUUGAUCUGCAAAGUCGCUUGGAUGUUGUCCCGUUGAGCCAAAGGCUCAGGCGGUGUGGUGCACAUUGUGAUGAAGAUCCGUGUGCCAAAAAAA